AGUAAAUAUGUAAAUAUAAAAUUGCAAGGUUAAAUUUCAAAGGGACAAAACUGGCAUUUCUUCUAGUUCCACACUUCAACUAUUUAAGCUACAAACGCAAGAUUCAACUUUUACGUUGUUCUCGUUCGAGCUUAAACCCUCCAUAGCUGAAGAUAUCUUCGGUCUUCAGCCACCAUUUGUCUUUAUUGCUGGUGGCGGUUCCAUACCAUUGAGCCCAACUGGGAGUUCUGUUUAAGUUCAGAUUCAUUUGUGGAGCUUGGCCUUGCAAGUCAGUGCUGAUUGUAAUUUGAUUUCUGUCAAAUGACUCGGCAUCUAUCAAGAACCCACAGAUAUUGAUCUCCUUGAGUGACGAGGUGUUGAGAAGGGAUGUGGUCAUGGAGCAGAAAAACAACCACGUAUUUGGAAGCUAUCACAAAAUUCUCAACGUCGCAAUGGCUUUCCCUUUCUUGCUCUUAUUCAGGCAGUUCUUCCAUGAGGAAGAAAGUUGCACCUUUACAGGAGCGCAAAAUGAUAGAUCAAUUCAGGCUAUGUGCUAAAGGAGGUGAUGGAGGAACUGGUUGUUUCAGUGUUCGUCGCAGCCGUCAUGACCGACGUGGCAGACCUGAUGGUGGUGAUGGUGGCAGAGGUGGUGAUGUGAUCUUAGAAUGUUCCGCGGCAGUUUGGGACUUCAGAGGUCUGCAACAUCAUAUUAAUGCAAAGAGAGGAGGGAAUGGAAUUUCCAAAAAUAUGAUAGGGAGUCGAGGAGAUGACAAGGUUGUUCUGGUACCUGUUGGCACUGUUAUUCAUCUUAUUGAGGGCGACUUCCCCUCUUCGGUCGAGAAAAAGUCUUCUGGAAUAUUGGAUCCUUGGGACAUCCCUGGUACGCUUGAUUUUGGUUCUUCUGAAUCUUCCCGGCAAUCAACUUCUGAGGGAAGAGAAAAGAUGGAGAAGACGGCCAAUGUUAAUGAGAACUCAGCUCCUUCAAGUAAAGAGGACUUCAAAGAACCACCUUCUCCUCAAUUUUCUCAUUCCAGAGGAAAACCCCGUAAUCAAAUUGAAUCCGAUUUCUUCCCUAAGGCGCAUGGCUACAGCGAGUGGGAGGAUAUGGAUGGUGAAGUAAGCGUGUCUGGAUCAGAGUGCGAGGAAGAUAUGGAAGAGGUAGAUGAAAUACAGUACAACGUUGCUGAACUAACAGAGCCUGGCCAGCAAAUCAUUGUUGCCCAAGGAGGUGAUGGCGGUCUGGGCAAUCUGCAUUUGACAAAAGGUUCUAAGACGAGCAAAAAUCCUGCCGCCUUGAAAAUGGAGGACAUGCCUGACGAUGAUGCCCAUGAAGCACUUAAUGUCGGCUUGCCUGGCACUGAAGCUGUUCUUCUGUUAGAGCUCAAGAGUAUUGCUGAUGUGGGCCUUGUGGGGAUGCCAAAUGCUGGUAAAAGCACUCUUCUCGGUGCAUUAUCAAGGGCUAAGCCUACGGUUGGCCACUAUGCCUUCACCACCCUAAGACCUAACUUAGGUAACAUAAACUUUGAUGAUCUUUCCAUCACUGUUGCUGAUAUCCCAGGGCUUAUAAAGGGAGCACAUGAAAAUCGCGGUCUUGGACAUGCCUUCCUACGUCACAUUGAACGCACCAAAGUAUUGGCGUAUGUGGUGGAUUUAGGUGCAGCCAUAGAUGGUCGAAAGGGCAUACCUCCAUGGGAGCAGCUGAAGGAACUGAUGUUGGAGCUAGAAUUCUAUCGCGAGGGCCUCUCCGGUCGACCAUCCUUGGUUGUAGCGAAUAAAAUUGACGAGGCAGGGGCAGAACAAGUGUAUCAAGAGCUGAAGCAAAGAGUGCAUGGUGUUCAUAUUUUCCCAGUCUGUGCUGUUCUGGAAGAGGGAAUAUCAGAGUUAAAAGCUGGUCUCAAGAUGCUUGUGGAUGGAGAAGAGUCGCCGCAACUAAAAUUGGAUAGUAUUGUGGUUGAUUAGAUCAGUGUAUAAAAGCUUGAUUCUGUUUAUGUUUUAUUUAUAGGGAUCUUUUCGUGGGAAAACAAAAUAGGAUAGCAAUUACUCAAAAUGAAAGAAAUUAAUCAAUUGAUUAUUCGGUUUCUUUUGCAA